CCCGCCCCGGCCGGGCUCAGCUAAACCUCAUUUCCGGGCGCGACGCACUUAGAGCAGUUCAGCUUUUUUUCCUCCGUGAAGCUUUCGGGCCGAGAGGGUCGCUCCGCGCCGCUGCGCACAGGGAAGGGCUCGGUUCGCCUACAGCGCAGCCAUGACUGAGGCAGACGUGAACCCCAAAGCUUACCCACUGGCUGAUGCACAACUCACCAAAACCCUGCUGGACCUUGUACAACAGUCCUGCAACUACAAACAGCUACGCAAGGGUGCCAAUGAAGCUACAAAAACACUGAACAGAGGAAUAGCAGAAUUCAUUGUGAUGGCUGCAGAUGCUGAGCCCCUGGAGAUCAUCCUGCACCUCCCUCUCUUGUGCGAGGACAAGAACGUGCCCUAUGUCUUUGUGCGCUCCAAGCAGGCCCUGGGCCGGGCAUGUGGUGUCUCCCGGCCUGUCAUUGCCUGCUCAAUUACCAUCAAGGAAGGGUCACAACUGAAGCCUCAGAUUCAAUCGGUCCAGCAAGCCAUAGAGAGACUGUUGGUCUAAAUCUGCCUAAAACCCAAUAGCUGAAAUCUAAAAUUAAAAAAAACAGUUGGGGAGGGAAUUAAUGAUAGUUAGACAAUACAAUAGUUUGAUACCAAACUCUUGUUUCAAAAUGCCAGUUGUUUGUUUUCCAGUGGCUUGUUCCUAUUAUAUAUUUCCACUCUCCACUGUGGGUCAGUCUAGAUUUUUCUCCUCCCUCUCUCCCUCACUGGCUUUUCAGAAGACAUUCUUGCUAUAUUAGUUCUCAAAACCCUGUUGCUCAACAGAGUGAGAGUAGCUCCUCCUGUGUGAUAUGCAAAAUAACGUAUUGCCCCACUAGGGCAUGAUUAACCUAUACUCUUUCUCCCCCAGUAAAGGAUUAGCUUCCUUCAUUUUGCCACACAUUCUUCUGUGAUAAGUUUGACUUGUAACAGACAUGAAUCAUUUAAUGUGUGUUGUAGAUGGUAUGGUCCAAUGAGGAAAAUUAAGGUGGAUCUGCAGUGUAAUGGUGUAUGUUCAGCAAUUGCUGCUUUAAGGGAGAGGCAAAUUGCUGCUUUACGGGAGAGGGGGAAAAUAAAGACAGUGGGAGAUAUGUAAUGUAGGAUACAGGCCAAGAUCAGGUCAGCAGACAUGGUGAAACUGGACAAGCGGCCGCUAUGAGAGGUGUAGAGGGAGGAGAAAUCCUAUUACAAUGCUAUGGGUGACAGUUCUAACCUUGCUUGUUUGUGUGUUUUUUUUUUUUUAAACUGGUAUUUUUUUUAAAUAAAUCCAUUUACUCCCA